GGCGGGAGGCGCGGCGCCGGCGCGGCGGCGCAGCAGCGCUCCGAUGGCGGUGAGCCGGGCGCUCGCGCUGCGCCUGGCCUACGCGGCCGCCGGCGCCCUCAUGGGCUUCUCCGCCUUCUUCACCUGGAGCCUGGCGCCGGCCUUUCGGCAGCCCGCCACGGCGGCGGCGGGGGGGCUCUCGGGUGUUCUGGCGCUCUGGGCCCUAAUCACGCAUGUGAUGUAUGUGCAGGAUUACUGGAGGACCUGGUUAAAAGGGCUGAGGUUCUUCCUCUUCAUCGGGAUCCUCUUCUCAGCUCUCUCAGUGGUGGGAUUCUGCAUAUUCCUUGUUCUGGCCAUCACCAACCAUCAGUCCCUGACUGAUCCCAGAAGCUACUACCUGUCGUGCGUCUGGAGUUUCAUCUCCUUGAAAUGGGCCUUCCUGCUCAGUCUGUACGCUUACCGGUACAGGAAUGAGUUUGCAGACAUCAGUAUCCUCAGUGACUUCUAACGCUUGGACUUCAAUCCUGUCUGAAGGUGCUGGAUGUUUGAGUUGCCUCCCAAAGGCAUGGUACACGCAAGAGAUGUACGAGAGGCGGCGAAGGAACCCACCCAGUGCUGCUUGGUUUGUCUGUCUGCAGUAGGGGUUUUUCCCAAUUGCUUUUACUCAACCAUUUGAAGUUUGGCUAACGAUGUCAAUCUAGUCUUUCUGUAACUUCCCUGGGCGUCCCUGUGUCUGGUAGCGAGGUGAAAGACUCCAUGUGCUUACACAGAGCAGGCCUAGAGCCACUCCGUGUUGUCCCGAAGUCCAGGGGAGCUUUCGAGCUGGGGGGAAGCCCUGGGCCCUCCCGGGGGCUGUAGGUUCAAACCUCGUGGAUGCAGCACCCCGACUUCUUGUCCUUGUGGGGGCAUCACCAGCUUGCUUCGGGCGGGUGUCCCAGAUGUGUGUAGCAAAGAACCCCGCUGUGUGAAAGUCAUCUCCUUUUGCACUGCUCUGCUCCUCAGAGAGGGGGAGAUGAGCCUUUCUUUUGCGGCGGAAGCCCCUACGUACCUUCCAGCCACUACCCCGCAUCUUCCAGUGUUUUCUUUUUACACAUUGUACACAAAGUCAGCUCUCUCCUGUGGUCUGGAUGAGCCCCAAGGGGCAGGCCAGCGGCAGAGAAGCACUAGUCAUCUCGAGGCUCUGUCAGAGGUGGGGAAUGCUGAUUCUGGCCGCUAUCCAGGAUCAUUUUAAAAAGGAACUUAAUACCAUAUUUAACACUCAAAUUCAUAGCACGUAGAAUCGGGUGUUUGGGUGAAAGAUGUGCUGGGCAAAGGCUUGCCUACCUGAACCGCUGGAGAAACAUGAAUAAGAUUCUUCUAAAAAAACCAAAACAAAAACCCAAACAAAAAACCCAAACCUUUUUGUAGGCAGUACUGCGUGACCUCGUCUUUGCUCAGCUCCCCCGUAACAGUCAGCAGGAGGAGAGAGGGGAGGAGACGUGGUACCCAAAAGGAAGGAAGGUACCCAGAGCCAGCUUCCACGGUCGCCACCGGCAGAGCGCAACCGUGGAUAAAUGGCUGGGCUCUCGUGCAGCGCCUUAAGAGGUGACAGGUCUGCGCUUGUGGGCUGGAAACAGCUGGGCUUGACCGGCACGUCUGUUGCCUGCUGGCAGCGAAGCCCUCCCUCUGCAUUUCAGCCAUGCACGGCACUGCUCUGACAAACCUAAAACCUGAGUGGGUUUAGUGACCUCUCUAAUCCCUGUGUUUUGCUCGCUGCCAGCAGCUACCCUGAGAAGCUUGAAGCUUUCAAGCGUUUACAUCUUUCCUUGUUAACUCUGGGUACCCCAAAGGUUUUGAGCUGCUGCUCUGGCACAAUCCAGGCCGCUGUUUUGCCCCGUGGGGCAGAUGGUGCUGACUAUUACAAACUGGAAAUGGCAACUGCCACGAGUAAUUUACAGGUGGGUGUGGAGAGAGGCAGGAGAAGCCCCCCCUCCCCUUGCAGACCGAUGGAAGGUGAGCAAGGCAGGUGUUCGAAGGCGUCCCCCAGCCACCGCUGUCCUGCCGCUUCUCUCGGUGCUGCUGGAGCCUCCCAGAAGUGCCUUUCUGGCAGAGGGUGGGCGGCAGGCCCUGCUCAGGGCUUUGUGGCCAAGCAGGGUGCGAGUGGAGGGUCCUGCGUGCUCCGUCAGCCCAGCUUUCUCUCAUGCCGCGCGGAACUGGCAGUCUGGUUCCGUGCAGCUGUCCGCUGGGGAGUACCGUGGACUGUCCUGUCUGUACCCCACCCUAGCGGCGCGCUCUGCCUCGGCUGCGAUCCAAUCCCUCUCCACGCUCAAAGGCUCCAUCCGCACCUUUGUUGGUUUGCGUUUCGCUUCGGAAGAUGGUUCAAGCGCACGGUAAUUCAUUUGAGCCGCUGAGGGGAUUUUGGAAGUGUUUGACGACACCUGAUGGCGUCCUCCUGUUUCUUGGGUAGGAAGGUCCUCGUGCGACUUAACUAGGUCGAGGAACAUCUUUGGGUCAACGUGUAAACCGAGGUUAUAGCCAGCUUUUGCCGGGGGAUCUGCUGGAGUCACUAAACAUAGAUGGAGGCCGCGAAUGUGAAAUGCGCUUACUUAUGAGGUUAAUACUCAGGCUUUUAAAUACUCCCGUCUCCCUUAGCGCUGACAUCAGGCUGCCAGCAUGCCUGGCAGGGGAUGGAGUAGCUCAUCUCGCUUCCCUGCCCCAAACCGUGGCAACCACGGCGCAGUUUGCCAGUGGUUUUAGCGUCGGUCGUUUCAAUAAGCCACCUCUCACGCUUCCCCAGCACGACGCUGCCCGCGCGCUUGCUGCGCCGGUGCGAGCCCCAGCUCCCAUAACCGGGCUGCGGCGUGCUUGGGACGCAGAAAUGCUGACGCUGGUCGGACUGGUGGAGCUCUGCUAUGGCCUUACAGCCAGACGUUGUCCCCGUGUCGCGGAGCUGCAGAGCCCUCCUGUCUGAGCGCCGCUGGCACCUCGUAGCAGCACAUCAGGGGCUCCUCCCUUGGGCACGUGUCCAUAAGUCCUGUCAGCUCACGACGGUGUUUUUAAAAGCUUAUUUUUGUGACUGUAAAUUUGCCCACAAACAGCUCACUGAAUCUAACCCCUGUUUUCUCCCCUGACAUGUUUUAGCUCUGGAAUUUAUACUUGCAUCUCGGCUUUUUAAAAGAUGGUGUAUGUAAAUAUAUAAUAUAUUUUUACAUUGUUUUUUGCUUCGUUUGCACGCUUGGUGUAAGAUCUGGUCCUGCGGUGGGAUGGUGUAAUUCACAGUGGGGUUCAUUUGCGUGUAUCCCCGUGUCUCCUUGUACUAAACCACACUAUAACUUGUAUGUGACACCGGAGUAAGAGCAGAAAUACAGCCGUCUUUCUCACCAAA